AUGGACCCUUCCAAGGCUGCUUCAAGCAAUGUGACUGUUGAAUACACGGAUCCAUAUGGACUAUUUCCUCAGAUAAAACCAUUCCUUGAAUCCAAGCUUCCCUUGAAGAACCUCCACUGGAAAUCGCCCACCCGCCCCGCUCGAUCGAUCGAGUCGCUCCGUGUUGACUUCAUACCUGCGCCGAAUUACCCCGCUGAACGGAAAUCUUCCAGCGAUGGUGGCGGCACCAUCUCGCAUCGGCGACAUCAGAUCCCUGGUCUGCGACAAACACCAUACCUGAAGAUCUACCUCCUCCGAUGCGACGACAAUGAGUCCUAUAAGGCCACAGCACGCAAGACACUACGCGAAUGGAUCAAAGCUCAGGGCUCAUAUAGUACCUCGCAAUCGGCGGGUAGCAGCCAGGAAAAGCACGAUGCAUUUGAGUGGUUGAUUGUGCAUGUGGUGCAAGACGGCGAUGGAGAGAAAACACCGACGACUACCUCGAAGUGGGGUCGGAGCACAAGCACAGUUUUGGAGAAGAUCAAGGCAGAUUUCAAUGGGACUUCCAAAACUGCAGUGGAUCGCGUGGCACAUUUGCGGCUUCCGAAAGAGGGAACGGCAAAGUCCCCUGAAUUGGCCGAGCAGCUGGAGGAUCUGAUUGAUAAGAUCAAGAACGGAAUUUUGGCUUCUUUUGACCUACGUGUGGCUCAAUAUGAGGAAGACAUCAAGGAGAAGGACUCGCAGCGCAGUUUACCAGGUUGGAAUUUUUGUACCUUCUUCAUUCUCAAAGAAGGCCUCGCUCGUGGUUUCGAGAACGUGGGACUCUUCGACGAUGCGCUAGCUGGAUACGACGAGCUUUCCGCUGGUUUGGAUGCCGCUAUUCGAGAACAACUACAUGGAAGCGGUGGACAGCAUAGCACUACGCUCUUGGAGUCUAGCAAGAAUCUCGCAGAAGUUGCCAAAAAGGCGCUGGAGAACGGGGCGCCAACAGCAGAUGGUUCUGAGAGCGAGAACCCCUUAGAAAUUCGCCCUGAAGAUUUCCCACUCAACUCCGAAAAGAUGCCUUAUCGAGAAAUGAUCCUGUCAAGCGAUAUUUCAAUUUUUGAUUUCCGCACCUAUGUCUUUUCCCGACAGCUCACCCUGCAGCUUCGAGCUGCAAGAGCUCCAUCGUUGAGUGUCGCCGAUGCGACCAAAAAGGAGAAGAAGCCAGAAGAUCUCAUGCUACUUUCUGAGAUCUGCAGCAGAUCCACCGAGUUCAUCAGUCUCGCCGCUCGAACACUGCGAUACGACCUCGAAUCAGGGCUCGAAGGAGUGGAGAACGAUGCCAAGGCAGAUGUAAUUCACAACAUGGUGUCUUCGUGGACAUAUUUAGCGGCUCUGCAAGUCCUCAUUCAGACGUUUACUCCCACCCUUUCUCUCCCGGAGUCAUCACUUCAUGCAGUAGUGCAUUCGAGUGAUGUCUCGAAUUCAAAUGUGCCCGCAACGAUCCCAGAGGAACGCGCGGAAAGGCCUCGCCGCUCAAGCUCUCUGAUCUCUCCCCCAACUUCCCGUUCGCCUCGUCCUGUGACCCAGGAUAUGUCUGACUCUAUUGGACUUAUGCAAAGACGCUCAACUAUGGAUCAUCCAAAGCUUGCCCCCAGUGCCAUACAAAAGACUGGUUCUGAGCAGUUGGCCUCAGGAAGAGGAGAGCUGCUUCUGUUGGCUCGGCGAUCUCUGGAAGAAGUCGCUCGUAGGCGUGGCUGGUCUGAAGAAUGGAAUGAUCUUGGCCUGCUCUUUGAUGACAGUAAUCCUUCCGGAACGGCUGGUCUAACAGAAAUUUCCUUAGAUGGCAUUGGAAUAUCCGAAAAGCAGAAAAAUUCGGAACCAAAACCGUCCUCGCUCGCAGGCAUUGAAUUUCCCGCUUUGGUGGCUGCUCUUGGCUCGAAGGAUGCUUUCUUGUCCCUCUAUGAGGAUCUCACAGACCGUAUUAUCUGCCACAAUAUGGCUGCGAAUCGCACUUACUCUGCCCAAACAGCUCUCGCGGAAAUUGCUAUUCUGCGAUACCGACAGGCCGAUUAUGAAUCUGCUGCGUCCUACUUUCACCAAAUGGCUCCAUUCUAUGGCAGCAAGUUCUGGGCGGUGUUGGAGGGAACGAUGCUCGAACUAUACUCACGCUGUUUGAAAGAACUUGAGCGUCAUGAGGACUACGUCCGCAUGAUGCUCAAGCUGCUUUCUAAGUACGCUUCUUACGCCCAGUCGCGCAUCCUCCACAGUAAAAAGGCUUUGGCUGCUCCGACCUCUAGUCUAGAGCAGGAGAAACUCGCUGGCUAUGUAUCCGGUCUUUUUGAGGGAGCUCGAAGUCUGAAUAAGGAAAUUUCAGCACCUCUGUCGGACUUUUUCGGUGACCUGCAUGUCAACCCGGCUAUUGAGCUUUAUGGUGACAAGGAUGGCUUCCAGAUUCGAUUGUCGUUGCGAUUUCUGCUCGGACCUCGGGUCGAGAUCGACUCUAUCAAGGUCCGGCUCGUCAGUGCUAACAAUUCUGAGCAUUGGAUUGAGGGUUUCACUAAAUUCGUGAUUGAAUCCUCGAAGACCAAAAUUCUCAUUGACUCUGCGACAACUUUGCAAGGGAAGUACAUCGUUGAUCGCUUGGAAAUGAAAUCCGGCAAUCUGGUCUUUACGUACCACAGUGGCAACAAGUCUGCACUUUCUGUUGGAUUCCGGGAAGCAGGUGAAGCAGAGGAGGCAGAUCAACGGCCAUACGUCUACUGCUAUCCUCCCCCGGAUGGUUUGCAGGCUAAGGUAGUUUCUCCCCACUUGAUCAAUCUGGAAGCGAUGCGCACGCUUGAGCUGGAACUCAGGAGUGGACGAAAUGAUAUUCAGUCCGGUACGAUUCGUAUUCGACCAGCCACUGCAGGUCUACGACUUCGAAGCACGGAGGUGGAGGUCGUGGAGGGCGAGCUAGAGGUGUCCACGAAUGGCGACCCUGGAGUGAUUGAGUUUACCCGCUUCCCACCCAAGUCGUUUGCUCGACUGCGCAUUCCUUAUUCUGUCGAGGAGGCCUUUACUACGCUGUCUGCAAGAGUGGAAAUAGGGUACUUGACUGAGCGGGGAAAAUUUGCCUUUUCAACAGCCCAUGAGAUUAUUGCAUCACUUCCCAUUUCGGUGAACGUGCAAGACGUUUUCAAGGAUGAAGUGCUAUUCUCACGAUUCACGGUCAGCCCCGCAAUGCUGAUCCCAUUGCGAAUCACGAAUUGUAGCCUCCCGAGCUCGGAAUCCUUCAGGGUGCAGUCUAGCAUUACGGGACCUGUGGCUCUCGAUGUCUUCCCUAAGCAGCCAGCCUCUCUCCUAUACAAGAUUCGACCCUCACCAACUUCCAAAUCAGCAUCCCGCAGCCUUCGUCUGCGAGUUGAUUUUACGUGCAUUGACGAUGAGUGCUUUGAUGCUCUUGAGAAGCUCUUCGUGGCCGCGGUGGAGUCUAGUCCGUUUGCCCAGUAUGCUACGCUCUUCACAUCGCACCUCAUUGGCAGCUUCCGUGACCAGCUGUCCACUGCAAAACUGGAAGUUAUUGGACUAGUCCGAGAAGUCGAGACGCUCUCAUACCGAAGUGUACGAUGGGACGACCUAUUGGGAGCACUAAAAGACCGUACUGAGGAGAUGCGCCAGUGGCUGGCUACGUGGCAUGAGAACAAUCCGGUUAUCCGGCUUCCCCAACAACCCACCAUACCCACCCGCAGUAUUGUCAUCCCUGUGGAGAUUCCCGAGAUCCAAGUGGUGCAUACGGCUGAGUUGCAGCUCCAACCCAGCUCUGAAGCCACGGGGACCGGUGCUUCUCACGCCGCCGUAGGCCAGAUGAUACCCGCCGAAUUGGUCAUGCACCAUACGCGGCGAUGGUGCUCUCCAGCAUCUCAAGAGCAUUCCGGCCAGCCUCUAGAGUGCUCCUAUGAGCUACACGCUAAUCCGGAGCUGUGGCUUCUCGGUGGUCGCCGUCGGGGCAAUUUCGUCGCGCGCGAAGGUGAAAGCACCCGAUUCACCGUACUCCUCCUCCCCCAGAAGCCAGGUCAUCUACUCUUGCCCGGGCUAGAGAUCCGCACAUUUGCCCCUCCAAUACCUCAGCCACCGACGUCUCCCGCUACGCCUGAUACUGCAAGCAGCGGCCUGUGA